CAAAACGGCAAACGCAUCAUGAAUCGCAUUCGUGUUCUGGAGUCGGAGAACGAAGAACUCGCACGCCAGCGUGAAAGUGGACGUCCUGCCCGACUGAACUGCCUCAUUGCCCUACGACAGGACUUUAUUGGCCGAGUCAAGAAAACCAACGAAAAGGGCAGACAACUGGAGAUCGCGUGCGGUUCAUGUUGGCAGACCAUGCACAAGGCCCCUUCAGUGCCUAUCACACCAGUCCUGAUAUUUCGACCCAGAUGA